GCGAGCUGCCUCGGAGCCUCUCGGCUGCCGGGGCCGAGCGCUCCAUAGCGUGGGGCGGUUUCCUAGCAACUCAGGGCCCCGAGCGCGCGCAACUAUCAGCACAUAGGGAGUCACCCACCCCCCCUACCCCCGGCACCCGCGGGCCCGGGCAGGGCCACACCUCUCUGCUCCCCACCAACUGGUCUCCCUCUCAUCCUCACGGGGUGCACCCCUGAGCGCGCCAACAGCCUGGGCUCUGGACGGCCGGACAUCUGAGCUGUACACUGAGGCCAAGAGAACGAGGGCACGAAGCUCCCGCCCCCCCGAGGCCGGGCUUUAGCACCCCCGCAGCGGUGCGCUCCACUCCUACCCAAGCCGGGAGCUGCGAUGCCUCGCUCUGAGUCGGCCAGCGCCGAGGGGGACUAUUAGGGCGCUCCCGGAGCCGCUUCCCCUGGCCGCUGGCGCCCCAAGCUUCCUCCCGGCCAGCAAGGACGCUGCCACUUCUACUUUGUCCUCUGGUCAACUAACGAGGCUGCAAAGCUGCAACUAAGUGGAGUUGGCCUCCCUGCCCACCUGUGGAAGCAGCUCGCGCUGAUUGAUGCGACAUUGACUUUUUUCCCCUCUGGCGUCCCCUCCCACAGAUGCAGCAUCACCGGGUGAAUGUACAUUAGGCUGGUUUUUCCCCCCAGCUUCGGGCUUUGUUUGGGUUUGAUUGUGUUUGGCUCUUCGCUAAGCUGAUUUAUGCAGCAGAAUUCCCGUCGGCUGGAGAGAAACAAAAGCUCUUUUCUUUGUCCCAGAGCUGGCUGCGGAGCCCCGCUCGCGUUGCCGCCCCGAGCCUUUGGCAGUCGGAGGAGGUGCUUCUCGCGGAGAUUUCGGGGACCCACCGCGCCGAGCUGGGAGGGCCGCAGGGGCCCUGAGAUGCCGAGCAGUGCCUGGGCCAGCGUACCUGCACCGCUUCUUUCGAGCCGCGGGGUCCGCCUGCCGGGCCUGCUGGAAACAUCCUAGCGACACUUGGUCCGCGGGCCCCAAGGUGCGCCUGGGAGGCGCGAGCGCGCAUCCAGAGAGCAGCCAAGCGGCGGGCGCUGUGUGGGCUGCUUUGCAUUAUGUGCUGCUCGGCCCUGGCUUUUCUUACUGCCUCAUUUGUCUGCCUUCAAAACUGCCGGCCCGGUCCUACCCCAUUCCUCCGGGCGGCCUGGGUGUUUUCAGUUGUUCUUGGACUGGGCCAAAGUGAAAACAGCAGAUGUGCAUCUUCGAAUGCAGCAUCCUGCACCAAGUGCCUUGCGCUAGAUCCAGAAUGUGGAUGGUGUGCUCAAGAGGAUUUCAUUUCAGGUGGAUCAAGGAGUGAACGUUGUGAUACUGUUUCCAAUUUAAUAAGCAAAGGAUGUUUGAUUGAUUCAAUAGAAUACCCGUCUGUGAAUGUAAUACCAACUGAAAAUGAAAUUAAUACCCAGGUGACACCAGGAGAAGUAUUGGUCCAGCUGCGACCAGGAGCUGAAGCUAAUUUUAUGCUGAAAAUUCAUCCUCUGAAGAAAUAUCCUGUGGAUCUUUAUUAUCUGGUUGAUGUCUCGGCAUCAAUGCACAAUAAUAUUGAAAAACUAAAUUCCAUUGGAAAUGAUUUAUCUAGAAAAAUGGCAUUUUUCUCCCAUGACUUUCGUCUUGGAUUUGGUUCAUAUGUUGAUAAAACAGUUUCACCAUAUAUUAGCAUCCACCCAGAAAGGAUUCACAAUCAAUGCAGCGACUACAAUUUAGACUGUAUGCCUCCCCAUGGAUACAUCCAUGUACUAUCUUUGACAGAGAACAUCACUGAGUUUGAAAAAGCGGUACAUAGACAGAAGAUCUCUGGAAAUAUCGAUACACCUGAAGGAGGUUUUGAUGCUAUGCUUCAGGCAGCUGUCUGUGAGAGUCAUAUUGGAUGGCGAAAAGAAGCUAAAAGAUUGCUGUUGGUGAUGACUGAUCAGACAUCUCAUCUUGCUCUUGAUAGCAAAUUGGCAGGCAUAGUGGUGCCAAACGAUGGAAACUGCCAUCUGAAAAACAACGUCUAUGUCAGAUCAACAAGCAUGGAACAUCCCUCGCUAGGCCAACUCUCAGAAAAGUUAAUAGACAACAACAUAAACCAUUUAUUAAUUGUCAUUAAUAAAUUUUAUUGGUAUAUGUUCUAGGACCUUCUACCCCUCUUGCCUGGUACCAUUGCUGGUGAAAUAGAAUCCAAGGCUGCAAACCUUAAUAAUUUGGUAGUAGAAGCCUAUCAGAAACUUAUUUCAGAAGUAAAAGUUCAGGUGGAAAACCAGGUAAAAGGCAUCUAUUUAAACAUUACCGCGAUCUGUCCAGAUGGGACCAGAAGGAGAGGCACAGAAGGAUGCAGAAAUGUAACGAGCAAUGACGAAGUUCUUUUCAAUGUAACAGUUACAAUGAAAAAAUGUGAUGUCACAGGAGGAAAAAGCUAUGCAAUAAUCAAACCUAUUGGUUUCAAUGAAACCACUAAAAUUCAUAUACACAGAAACUGCAGCUGUCAGUGUGAUGAAAUCAGAGGACCUAAAAGAAAGUGUGUAGAUGAAACUUUACUAGACUCCAAGUGUUUCCAGUGUGAUGAGAAUAAAUGUCAUUUUGAUGAAGAUCAAGUCCCUUCUGAGAGUUGCAAGUCACACAAGGAUCAACCUUUUUGCAGCGGUCGAGGAGUUUGUAUUUGUGGGAAAUGUUUGUGUCAUAAAACUAAGCUUGGAAAAGUAUAUGGAAAAUACUGUGAAAAGGAUGAUUUCUCUUGUCCAUAUCACCAAGGAAAUCUGUGUGCUGGGCACGGAGAAUGUGAAGCAGGCAGAUGCCAGUGCUUCAGCGGCUGGGAAGGAGAUCGGUGCCAGUGCCCAUCAACAUCAGCCCAGCACUGCGUCAAUCCAAAGGGCCAAGUGUGCAGUGGAAGAGGCACGUGUGUAUGUGGCAGGUGCGAGUGCACUGAUCCUAGAAGCUUCGGCCGCUUCUGUGAACACUGCCCCACGUGUCACACAGGCUGCAAUGAAAACUGGAAUUGUGUGCAAUGCCUUCACCCCCACAAUCUGUCUCAAGCUAUACUUGACCGGUGUAAAUCCUCAUGUGCUUUCAUGCAACAGCAUUAUGUGGACCAAACAUCAGAAUGCUUCUCUAGUCCAAGCUAUGUGAGGAUAUUUUUCAUCAUUUUCAUAGUUACAUUCUUGAUUGGGUUGCUUAAAGUCCUUAUCAUCAGACAGGUGAUAUUACAAUGGAAUAGUAAUAAACUGAAGUCCUCAGCAGAUUACAGGGUGUCGACCUCAAAAAAGGACAAGUCAAUUCUGCAAAGUGUUUGCACAAGAGCAGUAACCUACCGACGUGAGAAGCCUGAAGAAAUAAAAAUGGAUAUCAGCAAAUUAAAUGCUCAUGAAACUUUCAGGUGCAACUACUAAAAAGAUUUAAAAGUACUUUAUGGGAAACUGGAUUUUUAAUAAUUGCUCCUAAAAUUAUAGUUUUAGAAGUCACAGGAGGAGACAAAUUGUUCUAGAUCAUGCUAGUUUCUGGUUUUCACUGGAAUGGAGACUGACAAGCUUCCUCAUCAUCAUGUGACUCACAUCGCUGCUGACUUUUUCAGAGAAAAAAAAAAUGUGUCUUACUACUGUUUGAGACUAGUGUCAUUGUAGCACUUUACUGUAAUAUAUAACUUAUUUAGAUCAGCAUAGAAUGUAGAUCAUCUGAAGAGCACUGAUUACACUUUACAGGUACCUGGCCAUUCCUAAGCUUCCGAGAGAGAAGCAAUGGCAUUGUGUCACUGCAAGGGUACAGUAAUCCCUGCAUGGAACAUGCAAAUGAAAAAUAAUAAGGCAUUUAUUCUAAUGUUGCCAAACACUUCAACAUUUGGCAGUGAAUCUACAAGAAUAGCUAGAUGAGUAAAUGAUUAGUGUUUCACUCAAGAGGUGAACAGAUAAAACAUUAAUCUUGAGGGUUAUUGCUUUUGAAACUAGUUUUAUGCAUAUGUGUGUUUGUUUUCUUCUUUUUACAAGAUGGAUACUAAUUCCAACAUUCUCUCCUCUUUGCCUUUAUGGUUUGUUUUUCUUUCUUACAGGAUAAGUUUAUAUAAGUCACAGAUGACUGGAUUAAAUAAGUGCUAAGUUACUACUGCCAUAAAAA